UUGGAUCUAUGUAACUAUGACAACAGCCGUCAUCACACAGGUGACUGGCAGCUGCUCGGCCCGAUGCCCGUGUCCCGGGGAGCCGGUGCUGUGCCCCGCGGGUGUGAGCGCUGUGUCCAAUGGGUGCGGCUGUUGUAAGGUAUGUGCAGCUCAGCUCAACCAGGACUGUGGCCCACUCAAGCCCUGCGACCACCACAAAGGCCUGGAGUGUAACUAUGGCAACGACGUGACCAUGGCUGAAGGCGUCUGCACAGCCAAAAGCGAGGGCCGCACAUGUGAGUAUAACGGCAGGAUGUACCAGAAUGGGGAGAGUUUUCGAGUUGGCUGUAAACACCAGUGCACUUGCUUGGAUGGCGCCGUGGGCUGUGCUCCGCUGUGCAUAAACAAGCUGCCCCCUCCCUCCCCCACCUGCCCCCUCCCCAGUCUCAUCAAGACCCCUGGGAAGUGCUGCCCCUUCGUCCACUGCCACAAGAGAACCUGGCAUCUCUCAUGGAAAAAGAAGGUGACUCCUCUGAAACAGCACCUUCCCAGACCGAAGCUGUCCAAUGACCUGAAGGAAGGCUGGGAAAACCAGUACGGACUUCGCCACCUGCCGGGGAAAAAUGUUAUGUUGAGGAGGAUGAAGGAGAAUACCUGUCCCGUACAGACUACCAGCUGGUCCCAGUGCUCCAGGAGCUGUGGGACAGGCAUCUCCUCCCGAAUCUCCAACAAAAACACUGAGUGCAAACUGCAGAAAGAGACCAGAAUAUGCACCAUACGGCCCUGCCACAGCCUCCUGGUGCCUAAAAAGAAAGUCCAAAAAUGUUCACCGACCCAAAAGGCCCCAGGAGCGCUUCGUCUGUCCUAUGGGGAGUGUGUAAGUCUCAGACUCUAUCGCCCAAACUACUGCAGUGUAUGCGCAGAUGGACGCUGCUGCUCACCUCAAAAAACACGCACCAUCCCAGUGAGUUUUGUCUGUCCCAGUGGACAGAGCUUCCACAAGUCCGCCAUGUUUGUACAGUCGUGUAAAUGCAGCACUGACUGUGGUCAUCUCAAUGAGGUGGCUUUGCCUCCACAACAUUGGAUGUACGGCGACACACACAAGUUCAUCGACUAGGUUUGGUGAUUCCUGGAAACAAGACUAUUUAGUGCACCUGGCUUCAGAGAUCCUGGUAUUAUUCAGCCCAAAGGCCUCAUGGGAAAAUGAACAGACAACGGGACAGAUCUGAACCUCUGAAGUAUUGACACUAAACACACUGAAACUGUGAGGUCAUCUCCCCGGGACAAGUCAGAGCCACAGCAAAGCACAGAUCUGCUCCAUCAGUGCAGCGUGGACUGGUAUCUACUGUAAAACAUCCAUCCAUUUUCUUCCACUCAUCCGGGGCCAGGUCGCUGGGGCAGCAGUCUAAGCAGGAACCCAGACUUACACCUUCCACCUCCAGCGUGUCCUGGGUCUUUCCUGGGGCCUCCUCCCGGUGGGAAAAUGCCCGGAACACCUUCCUAGGGAGGUGUCCAUACUGUAAUGCAGUACUACAGUAAUACUACAGUAAUACAACUGUAAUACUACAGUACUACUACAGUAAUACAAUACUACUACAGUAACACUACAGUAAUACAGUUCUAUAGUACUACAGCAAUACUACAGUACUAUAGUAUUGCUGUAGUAUACUGUGGAGUAUUACUACAGUAUACGACGAGGCAGCUCUGACUGCUGCAUCGAGUAGAAUAACUGAGUUGUAUUUUGGCUUAAUGAAUGCGUCUCUGCAAUACUUUAUGACAGCACUGUGAAUCCUGAAUGCUAGCAGGAGGUAUGAUCAUGUAUACAACUGAAGAGGAAGAAAUUGGACCAAAAUCAAAUGUGUCUUGUGCCUGACCAGGAUAAAACCUGUAGUUUUGUCUGACUUUGAUUAAACAGCUUUAAUUUUAUAGAUUACAUUUUCUGCAGCUGGAAGAGAG